CUUUCAGCAUUCGCAAUAAGUCGCCGAUUUAACCCACAUCGACUUUGGUGGUGCGUGUUUGUGUGUUUGUUCUAGAAGAAUGUGAUUGCUUUUCGGAAGUGUAAAUAAAAUAAAAUAGUGCCAGCGAAAAUUUUCAUUUAACGACAAAAAAUAAACGCACUCUAAUUGGUGCAGAUAUUACUGUUGUUGCCGCUGCUUGCUCCGAUAUUAGAUUUGGAUUACCAGCUCGAAGGUUGCCUACGGCGCACGUUUCCUCUAUUAGCGGAAUUCGGUAACGAAUCGUCGCAGAGAGCCGCUGCUUAUUUUUAUCAGUCGUCUGACGGAGAGCAGCCAUUGCGCGCCGCCCGAUUACGAUAGUUCGCCGGUAGUGAAAGGACUCGUUAACUGCAGACAAUCGGGCUUGCGUCGAAGUGUGCUGUGGCCGGUUGUCAUAGUGAAUCGUGUGUUUAGUCAGUCACGCACACUUACACACACAUACCAACCUCUGAGGCGAGAACAACGAAGGCAAACCUCACGCGGUUGGCUGUUGGACAGAGUUCUUCCCGGGCGGCAAACACCAACGCACGCACACACACAUACGGUGCAUAAUAAUGAGCCAAACAGAAAGAAAAUAAUGUUUUUUUCUCAGUGAUUCCUUAACAGUUUAUCAACUCGCUUCAAUCGCGUAAUUACGUCUGUUUUUGUUGUUGAUGGUUGUAUUUUUUUUGUGUUUACCUGUCCCAGUGAAUGAAUUGCAUGAUAAGUGCGGAUCAAGUGCGGUGUGUGUAUCGAACCAAGCUCGAAUCGAUCUAACAACUGUGAAGAGCAAAGAGCAACAGUUCAAUCCGAUUUCCAAAAUCCGUCGACCGAUGAGUGUGUACAACGUUACUACUAGUGGUGAACCCUUCGUUCUUCGGUUUUUGUUUUGUUCGCGCGGAAGCGAGUAGAUGAGUUUCAUGAAGUUGUGUUAUCGUUCGUUUACCGCUAGUUGUCAGAGUUAAGUGCUACCCAUCAACCCUUUUUUUUUCGUCGAAAGAAGGGUUGACAUUGUGAUUCGUGAAGAAAGUGCCCCCCCCCAAAGCUUUCGAGGUCCCGAAACGGCCGAAGAAUACAGAAAAAAAUGAAUCGUUCUACUAUGUAUAAUGUACCGCCCAAGUUCUACAAAUUGUGCCGCCUGUGCUUAACCGAUAUCAGUGACUGUGAGCUGCACGAAUCCACUGUGAAUUUCAGCAGCAGUCCGCAGGAUAAAACCUCCCACAAGCGCCAGCAAAAUGGCUCUAGUGGACGAGGCGGGGACGGAGGAAGAGUAGUCAUAGUGCCUACCGAAGUGGUGCUGGAGCAGGGCUCCUCAGCCAAUAGUGAUGCUGGAGGCGGUGGUGGUGGUACUGAAGGUGGCGGUGGGGAUCAUUCCGAUGACGUUUUGAAUAACCAUCAGCACACGUUCCGCCAAGGUGCCACCGGAGGCGGCGGAAGUGCGGCCAGUAGCAGCAGCACUGGCAGCAGUAGUGGCUCCAGUUCUAGCUCGAGCUCGAGCUCCAGCAACAGCAGCAGCAUUAGCGACGACGAUGAAGUCACCGCCGAUGAUGAUUAUGACAAUGACGAGGACGAUUUCUUCGACGGAGCUGACGAGUCCAGUGUGGAUUUGGCCAAACGAAUACGGACGUGUCUAGCGAUCAAGAUCACACCGAAAGAUGGUCUGCCAACAGUGGUGUGUAGUUCCUGCCGCGAUCAGCUGGAGACCUGCCACCGGUUCCGACGAGUGGCGCAUCAAACGCAGAAGUCGCUGCAGAGCUUUCUCAGCUACGCCGCCAGGUUGAGCGGAAGUGCACAGGAAAUCCUCUCGCAGUCGUCCGAGAAGCUGGAGCACCUGAUCGCCUCCUCACCCGCCUCUUUAGCCGCAAAAGCAUCCGCCGAGCAAGAUGCAAUAGCAGCGUUACAAGCGUUACGAAACAAUAACAAUCAUACAAAAUCAGUUACCUCAGUACUUAGUAAAACGCAUCUGCAAAACCUGGAAGCAAACUCAGUAUCUGUGAUCCCGAUUGAGAGUAUGAAAAUUACUUCCUCCAAUCAGCAGCAGCAGCAACAGCAACACCCGUCAAUAAUCCACCAAACGAUACACCUGCAUCCGACUCAGCUGCAACAGCAGCAACAGCAGCAGCAGCACCAACCAAAACAUCCCCUGAUCCAGGUUAAGAAUUUGACCCAGCUCCAGCAGGAACAUCUCGAGACCGCAGCGGUAUUAAUGGACAUUAGCAAAAAAGUUAUUAUCUCGCCACCCAGUUCGAAUCCUCAGUCGCCCAGCUUACUUGCCGAACAGCAGCAUCAGCAGCAGCAACAGCAACAACAUCAGCAGCAACAUCAGAGACAGCAAUUGCAGCAGUCCCAUCAGUAUCAAGCCGCUGUCAACCACAAUAACAAUCAGCCGCAACUACAAAGUAUUAAAUCUUCUGUGAUAAAGCCUCACGAGUUUCUCCUAAACAACUUGAAGCGUUCCCCGAGUAGCGAAGAAAUGGAUCUCACCAUGAAGCGUGUCAAGGUGGAGCCGAACAUCCUCUCGCCAACCCUGCCGGCCACCACGCUGGUGAAAAAGAAUGUCAUCAAGCGGGAAAAUAUGGACGACAUUGCCGACGAUCAGCACAGCCUGCACAGUGACAGUGCCGACAGCAGUGACUCGGGAAGGCUCCAGAUGGACAUUUCCUCCCAGGAUGCCGGUUCGGAGUGCACCACGGAUGACAUCAAACGUUCGAACAACAACAAUAACAAUAAUCACAGCCACAAUCACCACCACCACCAUCAUCACCAACACCACCACCAGAGCAGUCAGCUAGACCACAUGGGACGGGAAACGCCCGACAGCUUAAACUCGAUCGAGGAACAGCAGCAUCUGCAGCAGGCACAGAUUCAUCUUGGUCAGCAGUUUGGCGUUCUGGCCGAUGGUGCGGAUCCGGCUACGACGCAGUUGUGGCAGGCAUUGGCCCAGAAUACGAAUUUGAUAAACGGUGCAGGCAACGAGGCGACUCAGCUGCUUCGAAAGAUGAUUAAUGCACGAACACUUGGUCUUCAGUUUUCGCCGUCCAUUCAGAUUACCCCGGGAGUGUCAUUGACUAAGAAUGAUACCAACCGCAGCAGUGGACAGGGUCGCCGGAAGCAGUCUUGUCCCAGCCGAACAACGCCAGUGGAAGGAAACUCUCCCAACACGACAAUGGAGGCACUCAAGCUGACGACCUCGAACAAGGCCAACACAACCGUAGUUACCAGCAACAACAGCAGCAGUCCGAUCCAUUUGGAUGGGGCCAGUCAACAACUAAGCCGUGCCAACUCGACAAACAUUCUGUUCCGGACGAAAAUUGAUGCCUCACCCCAGUCGGCAGCGGGUCUCCUACCGAGCGUGAUUGAACAAAACAGUGGAGCUGUGAGCCCACAACUGGCGCAGCUGAGUAAGAAUGCUGCUGCCCAACUAGCCGCCCAGCAGUUGGCCCAACAAUCCCAGGCACAGCAGCAGCAGCAGCAGCAGCACCAGCAAGGUCAGCAGCAGCAGCAGGGCCAAAAUCAGCAGCAAAAUUCGCAACAGAAGGACAUGUCCUGUACCAACUGUGGAACUACCACGACCACCAUCUGGCGGAGGAACAUUCGUGGGGAGAUGGUGUGCAACGCAUGUGGUCUGUACUUCAAGUUGCAUGGUGUCAACCGGCCGCAUACGAUGCGACGGGAUACGAUUCACACGCGAAGACGCCGACCAAAGGGAGAUAAGUCCACUAGGAGGAAAUCCAUCAAACAAGAGGGUGCCGAAGCUAUCGACAAUGGCGUCGUGGAUGGAGCUGCCGAUUUGCAAGCAUUACAAAAUCAUAACCUGCUGAUUGCCUUGAGGGAUGCUGCCCGUGCGACGCCACCCAACUUCCCAAUGCCACCUGCCUUCCAGCACUAUCUGCGGGUAACGCAAAACUUCGACCCGAGCGGUGCUGACAUGGAAACCGGCGACGAUAGUGGCCCGGAGAACGACCUCGACUCGUGCAACCUGCCGCUGAAUCUGGUCGCCACCCAGCUGGGCAGUGAUUCCUCGCAGCACUGACUGCGACGGAAGACCGCCAAAGCCAGCUAGGGCAAGCGGAAGCUGGUCUACGCAAAGCGAAGGCGUCGGAAGCGAAAGAGGAAGAACGAGAAGGAACAAUCAUCUAACACACACACACACACACACACCAAUCCAACACACCAACCAGUAACAACAAGCAACAAGACCCAAUUUAACUGAUAAUCUCGCUCGCGGAUAAUUUUACUCGUGUGACGAAAGUGGUAUUAUAAAGCGAAAGCUAUUGCCACGGCAACUAAUCUAUUACCCUCCCACUUAUAACCAUUAGCUAUUACUAUUUCUACAAACUACUAGAACAGCUCUACCGCAGCAGCAGCAUGCAAGAAAAAACAAACAAGCCAGACAGAGUAACAAAUAAUUCGCUGAACAAACAAAAAGCAUCAAGUAAGCUUCAAUCUCUAUCGUAAGAUUAUUCCUAAGAAA